CAAGACAACUUCAUACCAGAAGUAGGAAGCCAAACUGAGUUCCGACAGUUUACCGAACUUCACUUAUAGCAUCUUAUCGUUCACAAAAACACUUUUUGCAGAAAAAAAAUAUGUAAUGGAAAAGGAAGACCGCAGCUUUUGGAUUAAAUAGCCUCAGGCGUUGGUAUUACUCAGCCUCCAUCCAACGAGACUGGAGGUUACGACCAACAACAUUGCAAGUCAUCAUUAUACAUUUUAAACUCAACUAGUUUUCUAGUUAUCUCAGGGAUUAAAUCCCUAUGCUAUGGACGAGGUGAGAAUCUGAAUGUGUGCUCGCCACAUCUCUUUUCUGCAAUCUGCUCCGCGGUUGCUAUACCAAAUGUUGUGGCUGGUUAGUAAAUCAAGUUGCUGAGUAUUUUAUAGACUACAGUGAACGGAAGCAACAUCAGUAACGUUACUAGAUGACUACGUUGUAGCUCGCUGAUAUAAUGUUUUCUAGUAAGGUAACGUAGCUAGUUAACUAACUAGCUAGAUAAAUGACGAUACAAUCAACAGUAGCUGGUGUAUUUUGGUUUGCAUUGAUUGAUAUCAAAUGUUAUUGGUCACAAACACAUAGCGGGGUGAACAGGUUGUGGCUCAGGUGGUUGAUGUCCUCGGCCUUCCUGUGACAUCGGGUGCUGUAGGUGUCCUGGAGGGCAGGCAGUGUGCCCCUGAUGAUGCGUUAGGUAGACCGCACCACCCUGUUGCGGGCGGUGCAGUUGCGGGCGGUGCAGUUGCCGUACCAGGUGGUGAUACAGCCGCUCUCAAUCGUGCAUCUGUAAAAGUUUGUGAGGGUCUUCGGGACCAAGACAAAUUUUUUCAGCCUCCUGAGGUUGAAGAGGCGCUGUUGUGCCUUCUUCACCACACUGUGUGUGUGGACCAUUUCAGAUGGUCAGGGAUGUGUAGGCAGAGCGACUUGAAGCUUUCCACUGAUAGUUCCUCAACCAGUUCUACUCAGCUGGAAAGGUUUAUUUCAGAGAGAAGUUGUAUUUUUUUUCCAUAGCAAGCAAAAAAAAUGCCUUGCUAUUUAGGAUGGUGUCAUAUUGCUAAAUCUACAUAUUAAUAAUGUAACUAGUGUGCUGUGAAAACUGCGCUGUCACUCUUCAUCAUAUAGGACGUUGAAGACCCGUCCAGCCCGUCUCCAUCCUGCUCCACUGAACCCCAACCCACGGUGUCCCCGGGUCCUGACAGGAACCAUGGUGACCAGGAGGACAGUAACCAUGGUGAUCAGAAAGACACACCGCAAGGUCAGGAGAGGUUUACUGUGAGUCUGGACAUCAACAGUGAAACACCAACAUUUAAUAUCGUAGUCAAAGAAGAAGACUGGGAACUAGAUAAUACAGCCGGGGAGAGACCCUCUACAUCAGGAGAACCUGAGCAACACCAGAUGAAACGCAGAACGAGGCAGAAAAGACCCACCGAUGCCCAGAUUGUGGGAAACACUGCCAGACAUUAUCGGCGCUACAAAUACACAUGAGAACCCACACAGGAGAGAAGCCUUACGCUUGCUUUGUGUGUAAGAAAACGUUCAUUAUUAGACAAGCUUUGAAAACACACCAGCGAACACACACAGGAGAGAAGCCUUAUACCUGCUCUGAGUGUGGCAAGGGCUUCGCUCAUCAAUGUAGUUUGAGAUACCAUCAAAAGAGGAAUUCUGAACAGAUUAAAACAGACCCGAAUGAGAAGAUGACCUGCUGCUGUGGACAAGAGUUCUCCUCAAAGUGUGUUCUGGAGGUUCACUUGAAGACGGACACGGGAGCCAAGCCUUACACCUGCUGUGUGUGUGGCAAGAGGUUCAAUAAAGAAUCAUUAAAAGAACACCAGCGAUCCCACACAGGAGAGAUGCCUUACUCUUGCUCUUUCUGUGGCAAGGGUUACUAUCACAAACCGGCUUGGAAAGCCCACGAGCGAACGCACACAGAGGAGAAGCCCCUGUGCUCCGUGUGCGGACGGACCUGCUCUAGUAAGUAUACGUUAAAAGUCCACGAGCGAACACACACAGGAGAGAUGCCUUUCCUCUGCUCGGAGUGUGGCAAGGGCUUCAUCAGUAAAGGACUCCUGAUGACCCACGAGCGAUUCAACUGUUCUGGGGGAGAAGAACGACGGCGACCGAAGAGGUUUCACAAGUGUCCGGACUGUGGGAAGGAGUUCACACAAGCAAACAAACUGGAGAGACACAUGAGAACACACACAGGAGAGAGGCCUUACCAGUGCUCUGUGUGUGGGAUGAGGUUCAACCAGAAAGGGAAUCUCAAAACGCAUUUUAAAGUGCACACAGGCAGGGAUCCCAGUUUGCUGCCUGACAUGGACAUGAGGAUGACUUCUUCAGAAGCAGCGAAACAGCCUCUGGACAACAGACAUAAUGUUGGGAAACCACAACAAUUCCAGAAUCAGAUUGGCGAGGAGGGAACCCACAACUUUCCUGCACCACAAACCCACAACCUACCGACACCACAAACCCACAACCUACCGGCACCACAAACUCACAACCAUCCGGCACCACAAACCCACAACCAUCCGGCACCACAAACCCACAACCUACCGGCACCACAAACCCACAACCUACCGGCACCACAAACCCACAACCUACCGGCACCACAAACCCACAACCAUCCAACACCACAAACCCACAACCAUCCGGCACCACAAACCCACAACCAUCCGGCACCACAAACCCACAACCAUCCGGCAGCGCAGAGGGAGGGAAGCCACCACCACCUCCCAGCAGCACAGAGGGAGGGAAGCCACCACCUCCCGGCACCACAG